UAUGGAUUAUAUAUUGAUAAUUUUUACACUUGGAUAUUUGGUGUAACAUGCAGGGGCCUACUUUUUGAUAAAAUACAUUUAUGAUAAAAGGAAUAUUCAAGGAUUAGCUUUAGAAACUUAAGUGAUGUAUUUUAUUGGAGCAGUGAUGCGAAUCCUAUAUAUAAGUGAUACUAGAUUAAUUAACUUCUUUUUAAUUUGGAUUGAGUUGGUUAUUUCUAUAGUUUUGAGUUGUUUCAUAUUUUAUCUUUUCCAUAAAUAUAGGUAUAUUUUUAUAGAUAUUUUAAUCAUAGACAUACACGUUUUCAUUAAAUAUCAAAUCCAUACUUUUCAUAUCAAACAAUUAUACCAAUUUGUUUAAUAUUAUCAUUCUUUUUCCACCCUGGAACUAAGAAUGAAAAUUAUUUUACAGUACAAAUGUUUGUAUCUAUGAGCAUGUUUAUUGAAGCUUGUGGCUUAUUGCCUCAAAUUUAUGUGAGGUAUAUUUGUUUAGAGCACAAAUAGCAAAAAAAUCGGAUCAAUUGAAGCUGACAUAUCUAAAUAUCUUGUUGCAAUGGGAUUUUCUAGACUUCUUAGAUUAGCCUUUUGGGUUAUGAAUUAUAUGGCUGGAGAAAAGUUUGUUUAUUUGAUACUUGCAGAUGUUAUUCAUACUGUUAUAAUUGCAGAUGUCAUGUUUAUUUGGGUUAAAGACAAAAAGUAAGGAGCUAUUUUAAUAUGAAAACAUUUCGCUUAAAUAAAAUCAAUUAUAC